AUGGGCAAAUGCUGCAAGUGCAACGGGAGGCUGCUGUGCCUGUGCUUGCUGCCCUGCAUGAUGACCGGCCACCUUCUCAUCUACAUCAUGGUCACCAUAUUCGUCACCGUCUCCUAUGCUCCCCCCAAAAUAACCAUCCACUACGUCGCGCCGGGGAUUUCCGCAAACUCCGGCGCUCUAGCCUCUCACCCGCUCGGCCCCUUCUGGAACCUUCAUCUGGAGAACAGUGCCUUGUGGAACCGGCUGCAGCACUCUCUGGACCGUCAGAACAAUCCCAUACUACGUGGAAACACCACCGGGACUGUGAGGAAGCCCAAAGCAGAGUUACCCAGUCAAACCGGAGACAAGCGCCUUCCUGACCGUACAUCAUGUAAGUGCUCGGAAGCCGGUCCGCAUGAUGUCAACAAUAUGCCCGAACAAAUCGGGGUAUUUGUCAGGUCAAUGCACUGCAGGAGUUAUCCAAUCCUCAUCAAUCAGCCGACGACGUGCAAAAGGAACAAGACCAGUCGAGAGUAUCCGAUGCUCCUCAUGGCCGUCAAGUCUCAAGUGGGGAACUUUGAAAACAGGCAAGCCAUCCGUGAAACAUGGGGCCGCAGUGGUUUGGUUGAAGGGGAGUCUCACAGGAAAGGUGGGUUGGUGCGUACGGUCUUUCUGCUGGGACGGCAGGACUCCAGUACGGGACCUCAUCCGGACCUCAAAAACUUUCUGGAGCUGGAGAACCGGAAGUACGGCGACAUCCUCCAGUGGGAUUUCAAAGAUACUUUCUACAACCUGACCCUGAAAGACUUGCUGUUCUGGCAUUGGCUCCAGCAACACUGUCCCACAGCUGUGUUCGUCUUCAAAGGGGACGAUGAUGUCUUCGUCCGGACCGGCGCUCUCCUGGAUUACUUGCACCAGCAGUGGGAGGAGCACAAACUGCGCAACCAAACUCACAUCAAUUUAUUUGUGGGGGAUGUCAUCAGUAACGCCUUCCCGAACCGGAAUCCAUCGACUAAAUACUACAUACCGGAGAACUUCUAUAAAGGUGCCUACCCAACGUACGCCGGAGGGGGAGGGGUGGUAUAUUCCGCCUCACUGGCGUUACGACUGAAAGAGGUGUCCAAAAAUGUAUGCCUCUUCCCCAUCGACGACGUUUACUUGGGAAUGUGCCUUCAGAGACUGGGGUUGUCUCCAAGCCAUCACCCUGGUUUUCUAACAUUUGACCUCCCAGAGACGGACAGAGGGAAUCCCUGCGCUCACAGGUCGGUGCUGAUGGUGCACAGGCGGAGUCCCAAAGAGAUGUUGACUUUGUGGCAGCAGUUGCACAAUCUGCCCGCUCACUGCUGA